GUUUUUUGUGCAGUCCACCAUCCACGUUGCGCACACGCCAUCCACUCUCAUCUCGCACAAUCGAAGAAACUCACCUUGCUUCUUCUUGCUUGGUGCAGGAGAAACACCCACCCACACACACACACACACACGUACUGGCUGGUAGCUGGAAAGGUAGGUAGAUCGAUACAAAGAAGCAAGAAGGCAAGAAGGCAAAGGAAAGGCAAACAAGCAGCAGCUCUCUUGUCCAACCAACACAGAUACAACCCGCAAAGAUGGCGGCGAAGCAUGUGGAGGAGACAACGGCGGCCCUGCGCGCCUUGUUGGAGGAGCGCAUCAUGUUCUUUGAUGGCGGCAUGGGCACCAUGAUCCAACAGCUUUCGCUGCAGGAGAAAGACUUCCGAGGCGAGCUCUUCAAGGAGCACCCCAAAGCGUUGCAAGGAAACAACGACUUGCUCGUGCUGACCCAGCCGGAGGCCAUUGUCAACAUCCAUAAGCAGUUUCUGCUUGCUGGCGCGGACUUUGUGGAGACCAACACCUUCAGCUCCACGCGCAUCGCCCAGGCCGACUACGCCACGGAGGAUCACGUGUACAAGCUCAACGUGGAGGCGGCCAAGCUCGCCAAGCGCGCCUGCGAGGAGGUGGAGGCGCAGGGCCACGGCCGCAAGUUUGUUGCCGGGUCGCUCGGCCCCACCAACCGCACGCUGUCCAUCUCACCCUCUGUCGAGCAGCCGGAGCUGCGCAACGUCAAGUUUGACGAGCUGGUGGAGGCGUAUGCCGAGCAAGCACGCGGGCUCAUGGACGGCGGCGUGGACGUCCUCCUCGUCGAGACCAUCUUCGACACGGCAAACGCAAAGGCUGCGUUGUUUGCUGUGGAGAAGCUGUUUGAGGACGAGCCCGAGAAGUACCCGCGGCGGCCCAUCUUCAUCUCCGGCACCAUCACAGACCGCUCUGGCCGCACACUCUCUGGCCAGACGGCCGAGGCGUUCUCCAUCAGCGUCAGCCAUGGCCGCCCAAUGGCCCUCGGCCUCAACUGCGCUCUCGGCGCAACCGACAUGCGCCCUUACCUCGAGGAAAUUGCAAAGACCACAGACGCGUACAUCAUUUGCUACCCGAACGCUGGUCUUCCCAACGCCAUGGGCGGAUAUGACGAGACACCCGACAUCACAGGCUCGCACCUCGCAGACUUUGCUCGCAGUGGCCUCGUCAACAUUGUCGGCGGUUGCUGCGGAACAACGCCAGCCCACAUUGCGGCCAUUGUCAAAAUGUGCUCCUCGUUCCCUCCGCGACAGCGCCCUCCCAAGCCGUUUGCAGACCACAUGCUGCUGUCUGGGCUGGAGCCGGCGCGCAUCGGGCCCGACACCAACUUUGUCAACAUUGGGGAGCGGUGCAACGUCGCUGGCUCGCGGCGGUUCUGCCGCCUCAUCAAGACGGACGAGUACGACGAGGCGCUGGCCGUGGCCAAGCUGCAGGUGGAGAAUGGCGCGCAGAUCCUGGACAUCAACAUGGACGAUGGUCUGCUGGACGGCGUCAAGGCUAUGACCAAGUUCUGCAACCUGAUUGCGUCCGAGCCGGACAUUGCCAAGGUGCCGCUGUGCAUCGACUCGAGCGACUUUGCCGUGGUGGAGGCCGGGCUCAAGUGCACGCAGGGCAAGUGCAUUGUCAACAGCAUCUCGCUCAAGAGCGGGGAGGAGGAGUUUAUCAAGGUUGCGCGCACCAUCCGCCGCUACGGCGCUGCGGUGGUGGUGAUGGCCUUUGACGAGAAGGGCCAGGCCGCCGACCUGGAGGGAAAGAUCCGCAUCUGCACGCGCUCGUACAAGAUCCUGGUGGAGAAGGUUGGCUUCAACCCCAACGACAUCAUCUUCGACCCCAACAUCCUCACCAUUGGCACGGGCAUUGAGGAGCACAACGAGUAUGCAAUAAACUUUAUCAACUGCAUCCGCCCCAUCAAGGAGCAGUGCCCCGGCUGCCACAUCUCGGGCGGCGUGUCCAACCUCAGCUUCUCCUUCCGCGGCAUGAACGUCGUGCGCGAGGCCAUGCACUCGGUCUUCCUCUACCACGCCAUCCAGAAGGGGAUGGACUUUGGCAUUGUCAACGCCGGCGCCAUGCCCAUCUACUCGGAGAUUGACCCAAAGCUCGUUGAGCUGUGCGAGAACAUCAUCUGGAACAAGCACCCCAACGCCACGGAGGAGCUCCUCACAUAUGCCCAGGAGCACGGCAAGGAGGCAAAGACAAAGAAGCAGGACGACUCGUGGCGCGAUGCCCCCGUUGAGAAGCGGCUGGAGCAUGCGCUGAUCAAGGGCAUUGACAAGUUUGUGGUUGCGGACACGGAGGAGGCACGGCAGAACACGGCGCUGUACCCGAAGCCGCUCAACGUCAUUGAGGGCCCGCUCAUGGCCGGCAUGAGCAUUGUCGGCGAUCUGUUUGGCGCUGGAAAGAUGUUCCUGCCGCAGGUGAUCAAAAGCGCGCGCGUGAUGAAGAAGGCGGUGGCGCACCUGAUUCCGUUUAUGGAGGAGGAGCGCGAGGCAUCGCUGCGGGCGCAGGGCAUUGACCCGGAGGUGGCCGACGAGAGUGACAUGUACAACGGCACCGUCGUCAUUGCAACCGUCAAGGGCGACGUGCACGACAUUGGCAAGAACAUUGUUGCCGUCGUGCUGGGCUGCAACAACUUCAAGGUGGUUGAUCUCGGUGUCAUGGUCCCCGCCAACAAGAUCCUGGAGGCCGUGGACAAGCACAAGGCGGACAUUGUCGGCCUCUCUGGCCUCAUCACCCCCUCGCUGGAUGAGAUGGUGUUUGUGGCCAAGGAGCUUGAGCGGACCGGCCACAAGCUGCCGCUGCUCAUUGGUGGCGCCACCACCUCCAAGAUGCACACCGCCGUGAAGAUUGCGCCCAAGUACUCGUCGCCAACAGUUCACGUGCUCGAUGCCUCUCGCAGCGUCGUCACCGUCUCCGCCCUCCUCGACCAGGGGAACCGGGAGGACUUUGUUGAGGACAUUGCUGAGGAGUAUGAGGAAAUUCGCGAGGAGUACCUCGAGUCGCUCACCGACCGCGUCUACCUCUCCCUCGACGCAGCCCGCAAGCAGCGGUUCGCCAUUGACUUUAACAAGAAGCCGCCCGUCAAGCCUGCCAUGACUGGCGUCAAGGUCAUCGAGAGCCUUGAUCUUGAGCGCUGCAUCAAGUACAUUGACUGGAAGCCCUUCUUCGAAGUCUGGCAGCUGCGAGGCCGCUACCCCAACCGCUCUUACCCCAAGAUCUUUGACGACGAAGCUGUGGGUUCAGAGGCAAAGAAGGUCUUUGAUGACGCACAGGCCCUGCUCAAGCGAAUCGUUUCCGAGAAGCUCCUUCGUGGCAAGGGAGUGUUUGGCAUUUUCCCUGCCAACACCGUCGGCGACGACAUUGAGAUUUACGAGGACGAAUCCCGAACCACCGUCAAGGAAACGCUCUACGGUCUUCGUCAGCAGGCGGAGAAGGUGGACAAGACAGACCCUUACUUCUGCCACUCCGACUUCAUCGCACCAAAGGAGAGCGGCAUUGCCGACUACAUUGGCAUGUUUGCCGUGACGUGCGGCCUCGGUGCAGAUGAGCUCUCGAAGCAGUUCCUCAACGACCAUGACGACUACAACUCCAUCAUGGUCAAGGCCCUGGCCGACCGGCUGGCAGAGGCGUUUGCCGAGAUGCUGCACGAGGAUGUGCGCCGAAAGUACUGGGCAUACGCAACCGACGAAGGGUUCACAGCAAAGGAACUCCACCAGCUCAAGUAUGCCGGUAUCCGCCCUGCUCCCGGGUACCCGUCGCAGCCGGACCACACAGAGAAGGAGGCAUACUGGCGCCUGCUCGAUGCAGAGGCAAACGCAGAGAUGAGCCUGACCGAGUCGUUCUCCAUGAUGCCUGCGGCCAGCGUGUCUGGCCUCUACUUUGCACACCCAGACUCUGAGUACUUUGCCGUGGGCAAGAUUGACCGGGACCAGGCUGCCGACUACGCCAAGCGCAAGGGCAGCGACCUGCAGACAGUUGAGCGCUGGCUGGCUCCCAUCCUCAGUUACGACCCCGAUGAGAGCCAAUAGUGCACACACACACACACACACACACACACACACACACGCACACACACACACACACACACACACAUGAGUGUGCACUUGCACACACACACACACACCUUUUCCGCUUUCAUCCGUGUAUGUUUGAUGUUACGCACGCCGUCUAGCCUUCCAGCCCCAGUCUUUGUUGUGUUUCCACGUCAUUCGUUGUAGCUUGUCACACCUUUGUUGUGUUGAUGUUCUUACCCAGCAGCGAGUGGUUACGGUUGAUUGUAGCUUGGGUUGGCACCCUGGUGUGCUUUCUUUUGGUGGGGACGUGCUUACUGUCUUGUUCCUCCGACCCAUUUAGAUUCGUGUUUGCUGUAUGCGUGCGUGCAUUUGACCUCUCCGAGCGUGUGUGAGUUGGGAUUUCGUCUGGCAAUCGCAUGUUGGUGGUGGCGGCUUUGUCCUUUCGUGCUCCCUGACCUUCUCCUUGACGCUUCCAUAGUUUACAGCAUUCUCACGCAAUACAAGCACCCACUCGCCAUA